AUAUUUCAAUUUUUGAGGAAAUGAAAAAAACAAGGAAACCAGUUCCUUUAUGGUCAGAUACACUUAAAUCGAAAACAAAUGGAACAACAUCUCAAGAAAAUACAAUAUAUUUUAGUGAAACAUUGGAAGUUUUGAAAAGUGUUGUGCAAAAUUUUUUAAAUGAUGAUUCACCACGAAAAAAUGUGAAAGUGACAGGUGAAAAAUUUAUUAGUAAGAUUGGAUUUGAUGAAGCGAGCAAGGCUUUUUUUACCAAGCUCGAUUAUACAUUAGAUAGUAAUGAUUCGGUCAUGUUGUUUCGACCGCCUCCACUAGAUGAAAAAAGUCAAUUUAAAUUUAAACAUGUAUUAGAAGAAUUGGAUUUACAAUAUAUCGAGUUGAAUAAACCGCGAUCCCCCAACCUUUCAUCCGGAGUAUUUGAUCCCAAAUCAACCAGUGCGUCAAGUCGAUGUCACGCAUUGGGAUGUAUACCGGAAAUGGAUGAUAGCAUUUUAACUGAGAUGUAUAAUAUUUUAAUUCGUGAACAUCCGGAAAAAAAUCCCGAAUAUUUACAAGCGGUAUGUGAAAUUUAUGAAGAAAGGAAGAGUGAAUUACUUGGAGAAUUAGUGGGCUUCGAAAGAUCCAAAGGUAAAUAUACUCUGAGUGAUGUCGAAGAAGCAUACAGAGAAAUGGACGCAAAACCGAGCGUAUCAGAUGAACAAUUGAUUGAGGCAUUUCAAACAUAUUAUAAUGAACAUCCUCAUACGAGUGGAAGAAUGAGGGAAGCUUUAUCAACUAUUGGAAAAGCUAGAAAUAGUUUAAGAAUCGAAAAUUAUUUAAAGGACAGAACAAAUG